AGCUGGGUGAGGGCGUCCGGGCUGCUCCAGCUUCCUCACUGCCAAGCUGGAGUCGGCAGGGAUCUCCGAGGCAGGGGUCAGGAGGGCGACCCCCGCGCCUCCAGAACUCCACGCAACCCAAGCAAUGCGGAGAGCGAGCUGCCCCGGAGCCGCACAGCUCCGGGCAGGAGGAACCGCGCUCUCGGGGCCGCUCCCGCCCGGGCGGGGCAGAGGGGGCGCUGCAGAGUCCAGGGUCGGCGGGCUUGGGGCGCGAGGAGGGCGUGGCCGGCGACCCGGCGUGGCUGUCCCGGGAGGAGACAGGAAGCCGAGCACUCUCAGGCACAUUCACCCAGUCUGUCUGCAAUAACUCAGCUCAUCGCGAGGGAGCAGGGCCACUUGCCAGGAGGGUCCUGGGAUUUGCUUAGAAUCAGAGGCUCCUAGGUGUAAGCCAGCCCAGCGGGUGCAGAGCUGGACGCUGCAGGAGGACGCUACAGGGGCCGGAGGCGAGUGCACAGAACUGAGCGGCAGCUUCUGCCUUCGCCUCUCUGGAUCCCAGUAAGAAGGCUGACCCAGACUGCAGGUGCCGGCCUCUCGCUGGGAGGCUACUGCUGCCGGAGGAGAAGGGCCCUCGCCGGCAGAACUGGGGUCAAGGCUGCCCUGCCCCGCGGCUCCCAUGCUCCUGUCGUGGAUCGCUGGACUCGGAACUGGCCUCGUUUUCCUCCACUUCGUGCAGAAACUUUUGUUUCCUUACUUCUGGGACGACUUCUGGUUCCUGCUGAAGGUAGUAAACUAUGGAAUUCACAUGGAGGUGUACAAACGGAGAGGACGGCUGGACACCGUGCUGGAGAAAUUCCUGAGGCAUGCUAAAAGGCAGCCCCAGAAACCCUUCCUCAUCCACGAGGGACAGAGCUACACCUAUCAGGACGUGGACAAAAGGAGUAACCGAGUGGCUCAAGUCUUCCUGAGCCAUUCCUCUCUGCAAAAAGGGGACGUCGUGGCUUUGCUGAUGAGCAAUGAGCCUGACUUUGUUCACGUGUGGUUUGGCCUCGCUAAGCUGGGCUGCGUGGUGGCCUUUCUCAACACCAACGUCCGCGCCAACUCGCUGCUGCACUGCGUCUGUACCUGUGAGCCCAGGGCCCUAGUGGUGGGCGCAGAUUUGCUUGGAACUGUAGAAGAAAUCCUUGCUAGCCUCCCUAAAGAUGUCAGCGUUUGGGGGAUGGAAGAUUCUGUUCCCCAAGGAGUUAUUUCACUCAAGCAAAAGCUGAGCACAGCAUCUGAUGAGCCUGUGUCGCCCAGCCAUCAUGCUGUCUCGAGCCUCAAGUCUAUUUGUCUUUAUAUUUUUACCUCUGGAACAACAGGUCUACCAAAAGCUGCAGUAAUUAGUCAGUUGCAGGUUUUGAAGGGCUCUGCUGGACUGUGGGCUUUUGGUUGUACUGAAGAUGAUGUUAUUUAUAUAACUCUUCCUCUGUAUCACAGCUCGGGUGCUCUCCUUGGAAUUUGUGGAUGUGUUGCAUUGGGUGCCACUUGUGUGCUAAAGAAGAAAUUCUCAGCAAGUCAAUUUUGGAAUGAUUGCAACAAAUAUAAUGUGACUGUGUUUCAGUACAUUGGAGAACUUUGUCGCUACCUUUGCAAGCAACCUAAGAGAGAAGGAGAAAAAUGUCAUCAGGUGCGUUUGGCAGUUGGAAAUGGUUUACGUAGUGAUGUAUGGAUCCAAUUUUUGGACAGAUACGGAGACAUUAAGAUGUGUGAAUUUUAUGGAGCUACUGAAGGAAAUAUUUGUUUCAUGAACCACACUGGAAAAAUUGGAUCAGUUGGGAGAACAAAUUUCUUUUACAAACUUUUUUUCAGUUUUGACUUGAUAAAGUAUGACUUUCAGAAUGAUGAACCCAUGAGAAAUGAACAAAACUGGUGUAGCCGUGUGAAGAAGGGAGAACCUGGACUUCUUGUGUCUCGUGUGAAUAAAAAGAAUCCCUUCUUUGGUUACGCUGGGUCUUAUAGGCACACAAAAAAUAAAUUGCUUUUUGAUGUUUUUAAGAAGGGAGAUGUUUACUUCAACACAGGAGACUUAAUGAUCCAAGAUCACGAGAACUUUCUUUAUUUUUGGGACCGUAUUGGAGACACUUUCAGGUGGAAAGGAGAAAAUGUUGCAACCACAGAGGUUGCUGACGUUAUUGGAACAUUGGAUUUCAUACAGGAAACAAACGUGUACGGUGUGGCUGUGCCGGGUUAUGAAGGAAAAGCAGGAAUGGCUUCUAUUAUUUUAAAACCAAAUAAGUCUUUAAACUUAGAAAAGGUUUAUGAGCAAGUUGUAACAUCUCUACCAUCUUAUGCCUGCCCACGAUUUUUAAGAAUUCAGGAAAAAAUGGAAACAACAGGGACGUUCAAACUGCAGAAGUUUCAAUUAAUGGAAGAAGGAUUUAACCCACUGAAAAUUUCUGAUCCACUUUACCUUAUGGAUAACUUGAAAAAGUCUUACGUACCAUUGACCCAAGAACUUUAUGAGCAGAUAAUUUUAGGGGAGAUAAAACUCUAAGGAUUUUAUAGAUACAGCAUUUUCAUUUUCAUUUGUAUUCCUAAGAAGAAUGAGAGGAAAAGAUAUGUGCUACUUGACUUACCAUCAAGUAAUUCCCCAAUGAAGCUAUCAUAAGUUGAAAAUAUCAAAAGACAAAGUAUGAAAAGACAUUUAUGUUCUUAAUCACAGCAUCACAGCUAACAACACAGCACACUGUGACAUCAGUUGUUUGCCCUUAUGACUGCGUAGCUGACUCAGAGCUGCUGCUCAGCAUCACAAGGGAGGAGGAUGCUACACCCUGCUAGUCCGGAAAGAGAUCGUGAUUCCAAGUGCAAGUUUGAACUAGUUGCAUAUAAGGAAGUAAGAGCAAAAAGAAAUCUUAAAUACAAUCACUAUAAGUUGAGAAUCAUAUAUAUGAUUCCUUAUGAUGAAAAGUUGAGAUGGAACUAACUUUUGCUAAAUUUCUUUAAUAUAUAAGAUAAUUUUUAGUAAGAUUUUAAUUUGCUUCAACUCAUAAACUUUAGUUAAUUGUCCUCCCCAAUUUUCAGAUUCAGUGCAUAACUAAAUAUUUGUCUUAAUGUUAAGGAUUCAAUAAUAAAUGUAUAGUUAAGUUUGUUUAGAUAAUCAUUCAGAAAAUACUUUUUUGUAUGCAGAUAAAUUUUUAUUUUAAAGAGCCAGAGCAAAAACAUCAAAUAACAAAGAUAGAAGCAAAGAAACAUACAAUACAAACGAUACAGAAUUUCAAAACAAGAAUAGAAAAUUAAGGGUUGUUACAUUACAUACUGUUAUCAUCUAAUUUA